UAGGAUUGUAACUAAGGUAUUUUUUCACAAAAUCCUUGAAACAAAAUGGAAAAUAUGGAUCCAGAUCAUUAUGAUUUGAAUAGACGGCGCAGAAGCAGUUUCCGAAAAACAUGGGAUCCUUUUAUGUUAAAAACAAUCAAUGAUGAAGAAGAAGUAACCAGGAAAUCCAUUCAGUUCCUUCAGUAUUUAAUCUGUCUCUUCUUUGGAGUUUGUGUGCUUGGGUUUGCUUUUCUCAGCAAGUCUAGUCUUCUUUUAUUGAUCAGCACUUCAAACAUGAACUCGCCUUUUGAAAACAAACCUUUCUCUCACCUUGUCUUGGCUUGUGCAUUAGUGGUGCCCAAUGUCUUGGCAUUUGGGAAAGCUUUAUGGAAAACAUCAUUUGGAUCAUCCUCUAGUCCCCCAAAGAGUAUUCUUGCCAUGGUAUGCUUGAUUGAAGCAAUCGUUGCACUUGCCACUUCAGUCCUUGUGCUGGUCUGCUUGCCUAACUUUGACAUUAUAACCAAUCUGUGCAUUUUGAAUGGGGUCUGUCUGUUUCCCUCAUUUCUACAAAUAGUGUUUAAGUUGAAAACUCUCAAAUGUACCCUGUUACUCCCACUGAUUGGCUUUGGGUUGACUUUUCUUGGACUAUUGCUUUUUGUUCUGGUCCACAUUCCUCAGCGGCAAUCAGAGGACAUAAAAUACCUUCAGGCAUAUGUAGCCCUGGCAAUAGUUUCCUUAACACUAAUAUCGCUCAAUUGGUGGGAAAAUUUUACAUUGGGCUGUAAAAUUGGAUUCAUGGAAAAUAUAAGGGAAAGCUUGCGUUACAAUAGAAAUAUCACAUAUGUCUGUACCAGUGCAAUUAGAAUUCUGGUCACUUUGAGUGUGGUAGCGGCAUGGAUUCCAAUUAAUAAGUAUGACUGGAAAGAUCUCAAAACAGUCUCUCAAUUUGAAUUAAAAAUUAUCUUGAGCCUCUUUGGAAUACAAGCAUGUUCUUCUGUCCUUUGCCACUGGUUUGGUGUCCUGGUGUGUAAAAUGCAUGCAGUUAGACGCAGCUUUGUUGUGCCAUUUAUAUUAGCCACCCCAGUGGUAUUUAUUGCUAUUUUGAUUGUGCUGUAUGAUAGUUCUAACAGGUAUGUUGAAGGGGUUACCUUUAACCUAACCAUCUUUUGCAAUGGCUUAAAGACUGCCAAUGAAAGCAAUUCUGUACGAAUACUACUUUUAGAGAUCCCACAAAGCCUUUGCAGAGCACAGGCAAUCUUAAAUACCAGCAGAAUUGGCUUGGCACUACUUGGCUCCUCAACUAUAUGCUUUUGGCUUGGGCUAUUUUUCUCAACAUUCUAUGUGUGGGGCCAGCACAUUCAAAGGAUUGAAAGGACAUCCCAUCUCUUUGUUCGAUGGCUAUAUGAAGCUGCCUUCAUGGAACAGUCAAUGCUGCUCAACACACGGGUCCAGAAAAAGAAAAAGAAAAAUAAGGAAAUCAAAAGGAAAUCAGAUCAUGUCAUGAUAUAUCUGUGUGCAACGAUGUGGCAUGAAACAGUGGAUGAAAUGGAAAAGAUUCUUACCUCAAUAUUCAGGCUGGACAAAUACAAACCAAAUUCUUUAAAAUCACAUAAAGACAAUUUUGACUUCGAAACACAUAUUUACUUUGACGAUGCAUUUACACUUGUGGGUCCAGAUGAAAAUAUGCAGGAAAGAGUUGCGAAUGAGUAUGUGAAGAACCUUGUUUCCACAAUGGAGGACAUUUACAGGAUAUUUUCACGUGAAAAACACACUUCCAAGGAUGAACAGGAAGAUGAUGACAUUGUGAGGCCAACUAUAAUGGAGACACCUUAUGGUGGAAGAAUCAGCUAUACACUUCCAUAUGGAAACACUAUACAUGUUCAUUUGAAAGACAAACAGAAGAUCCGGCACAAGAAGAGGUGGUCUCAGAUUAUGUACAUGUAUUAUCUCCUGGGAUGGAAGUUAAAUAGGAAGUACACUACCUUGUCAGGAAAAUUUGCAAAUGAAAUAUCUACUGAAAAUACCUUGAAGACUGAGAAGGAAAACACCUACCUUCUGGCAUUGGAUGGAGACACUGAUUUCCAGCCCUCGGCUUUGAUCUUGCUUGUUGACAGGCUGAGGAGAUAUCCACACGUGGGGGCUGCAUGCGGUAGAAUACAUCCUACAGGAGUUGGUCCUAUGGUGUGGUACCAGAAGUUUGAAUACGCUGUUGGUCACUGGCUCCAGAAGACAGCUGAACACGUGUUAGGCUGUGUGCUGUGCAGUCCAGGGUGCUUCAGUUUGUUCAGGGCAGCGGCUCUAAUGGAUGACAAUGUUGUGAAAAAAUACACCACAACGGCAACUGAAGCACAGCAUUUUGUCCAAUAUGAUCAAGGAGAAGACCGUUGGCUGUGCACAUUGUUACUACAACAGGGAUGGAGAGUGGAAUACAAUGCAGCUUCAGAUGCCUACACAAAUGCACCACAAGAAUUCAAGGAAUUCUACAACCAACGACGCCGUUGGGUACCAUCAACUUUGGCAAAUACAAUUGACCUUCUGGACAGUGCAGCAGAAACAUCAAAGAAAAACCCUUCAAUUUCGAAACUCUACAUUCUGUACCAGAUUAUAGGAACAGCAGCUUCAAUUCUGGGUCCUGCCACUGUGGUUUUGAUGAUAGCAGGAUCAUUUACCUUUGUGUUUAAAUGGAAUGGAAACGUUGCCCUGGCUCUUGGAGUUAUUCCUCCUGCUCUCUAUAUACUCAUCUGUUACAAAGUCAAAUCAGAUAUUCAGAUCAAUAUUGCUGCAGUUCUGAGCAUUUUCUAUGCUUUUCUAAUGAUUGCAACAAUAAUGUCCAUCAUUGGUGAAAUUAUCAGAGAACAAACUUUUAUCACCCCAACUGGCUUGUUCUUCAUUUCCAUGGUGGUCCUUUUCGUCUCAACAGCAUUGCUGCAUCCCCAGGAAUUCCACCUUGUUUUAUAUGGAAUGCUGUACAUAAUUUGCAUUCCAAGUGGAUACUUGCUGUUGCCAAUUUAUUCUAUGGUGAACAUGAAUAAUGUUUCAUGGGGUACUCGUGAAACUGCCGCUCCAAAGAAAUUGACCAAAAAGAAGCCCCAACAGGUUAAGCGAUAUGAAAAGAAGUGCAAAUGCAUCUGCUGGGAUGUUGAAUUAGUAAUCAGAGAGGAUAAAAAGGAAGAAAUUCAACAAAUGGACAGUGCAAUUGAUGAAAUAGAAGUAAUGGAACCCAGAAUUGAAGACAACUGGAUUAGCAAUUUGCAAGAGAAGUCUGUCCAUAUAGAGCUUAUUGAAGAAAAGCUUGAUGAAAGUGAAAAACCAUUCUGGAAUGACUUCAUUGAGAUGUAUCUUAAACCAAUUGAUGAAGAUAAAGAGAGACAGCAAGAGAUUGCUAAACAUCUGAAGUCCCUGAGAAACAAGGCCACUUUCCUGUUCUUCAUUAUUAAUGUUCUGUGGCUUGUUUCAACAUUCUUCCUGCAACUGAUUGGUCCUGAUAUACACAUCAAGAUCCCCAAGAUCCUCUCAAAUGGUAGUUUCUCAGAGGAUGAAAAGCUAGAAGUUGAACCCAUUGGUUUUAUGUUCUUGAUAUCAUUUGCUGGGCUGCUGGCAAUUCAAUUCUUCACCAUGUUGUACCACAGGAUUAAUACGCUCAUCCAUUUUAUUGCAUAUAAAGGAACUGAAGUGAAAUCUCAGCAGAUUGUUGGAAAAUAUCAACAAAUGUAUAAAGACCAUGAAGUUUGACAUUAUAUAGAAGAUAAAUCAACAGAGCUUGGGAAGAAUUGAACUGCAACUUGCCAGCUUCAAAUUUAUACUAGCAUUAACUGUUCGAAAUACAACUGCUUGCUAAUCAUGUUACUAAAUGGAUAUUUAUGCAGUAAAAAAUGGUGAUUCCUUAGCAAUGAAUAACAGGCCAAUACAAAUAGAACUAGAAAUUCAUUAGCACUACCUGUUUCACAGGUGCAAAAUGAGCAUCCAUGUGGCAAUGUGGCUGCAGGCAUGGGGUAGAAUUCCCAACCUUCAUCCACAACUUAGUUCAUCCCUUGACUCAACAUCUGAAAUCUAGACAAAAGGCUGCCUCUGAAUGUCUGCUGGCUCUGUGUAGAAGUUGACAGAUCAGCCUCUGACCCAUGCAGAUGAUGCUGAUCGACCAAAUUUGCAUAUUUCUGUCUAAUAAAGCAAUAUAACAGUUUACUAACUUGGGAAUUACCUAGUUUUUGACUGUACAAUUGAUGACUGAAUCUUACUGAAACAUUGUUGAACCAGUACUGUAAGAUCCAGUUAAUGCCCUUUAAUUCUAUGAUUAACUCACCACACAGUGAAUAUUUUUUGAGAACAAAUAUCUCCACAAUUUUCAUUAAUCAAGUAUCUCAGGGAUGAUCAAUAUGUUUCAUGGCUGUAAAUAUUUAUCUUGAUUUAUGCCAAACUGUAACAUUCCAUAUGUGACAAUCAUCCAAUUAAAGAAAUGAGAAGAAAAUAUUUUCUAGAUACAAUGCAUUGCAACACUUUAUGUAAAUUAUUCAUAAAUGUUUUGCAACUUUAUAAUGCAUGGUAUACAAUGCAUUGCAAAACUGUAAAUACAUUAUUUAUAAAUGUUUUACAACAUUGUAAUGCAUGGAAAUUUUCCUUCUUAGGACACAAACUUGUGCAACUAACAUCAUUACUCUUCCUGUAUUGCUUCUGUUUGUUUAUUGAUGCUUCACCCACUGAUCCUGCUCUGAACAUUUAUGAUGACAACAGAAGUCAAUCUUGUGUUGAACCAUAUUUUUCUGUUGUGACAAUCAGCUUUGGGAAAGGUGAACAUAAUUUAUCCAAAGUCAAAGGCUAAGGAGCAGCAGUUAAUAAAUGAAGGGAUUAUGAAAUAUUGUUGGACUGGAAUGAUCAGAUUUGAUUAGUACCUUUAUAGUGCAAUAAAUAUCUUUUGAUAUACCUAUGUACAUUAAUGAAAGAAGAUAGAGAUAGUUUUGGAUACACAAGUGCAUGUGCACACACAUCUCAAAUGGAAGUGCAUUAUGCCAAAUCAAUGGAAUUAUUAAUGUGCAAUUACAGUAAUUUUCAACUGAUCAUGAAUUAGUAUAAUUUAUACCUUUGCACAA